AUGGCAAGUGGUGAUGGCAGCAAGUCCCGGCCUAGCUCAGCCAUCUGGACCCAACUGUCGAAACCCGCAGAGAAGAGUCGUAUCCGCUCAGGAUUUGAUCAGCUGAAGAGCCGGUCAUCCUUCCUCCACUCCCCAGACUCCUCGACUCUUGAGGAUACUCUCUUCAAUCCCAAGGGACGCAAGCCCUGGUCAUUGGCGAGAAAGUGGUCAAUCCUCAAACGAGACUACCGAGAAUCCAGGACGAUAAGGAUCGCGACGCUCGUCAUUCUAGCCUUUUGGUCUCUAUGGCUCACUUCAUCCAUUUAUCGAGGCCUCCUACGAGAUCCAAGGGAAAUCAGCAGACAUCUUUCGCGUCAAGAACGAGCCAAGAACAUCAUGUGUAAUUCCAGGAUAUCAGAACCAAUUCCGCGGCCGCCUCAGAUCCGUUCUAAUGGGACCCAUGAAUUUGAUCCGACUGUGAUUGUUCUCUCAUUCGAUGGUCUGCGGGCAGACUAUCUCACCCGCGGCCUUACGCCUAACAUUCUCAGCGUCGGCAUGAAGGGUGUGGUUGCAGAAUACAUGCGACCUUCGUUCCCGACAUUGACGUUCCCGAACCAUUACUCGAUGAUCACUGGUCUAUACCCUUCCAGCCACGGUAUCGUCGCCAACAUGUUCUAUGACCCUAAGUUCAAGGAGGAUUUCAACUACAAGAUUCCCGAAAAGAGCUGGGACCCUAAAUGGUGGGGAGAUGAACCUAUUUGGGAGACGGCAGUUCUGCAGAACCAACGAUCGGGAGUGAUAAUGUGGCCAGGUGGGGAGUCAUUAAGACCCGUUCGUCCAACAUAUCAUGUCCGAUAUCGUUCGAGUACACCUGUGCUGGAAAAGAUGGAGACCGUACUGGAUUGGAUUGAUAAACCCAAAAAGGAGCGGCCAACUGUCAUGGCAGUUUACAUCUCUGAAGUCGACACUGCGGGACACGACUUUGGACCAGACGGAAAGCGAUCACAGAUGGCAUUGGGCGAGGUCGAUAAUGCUCUAGGUACAUUACUCGACGGACUUCGAGCCCGAAACCUGGACAGGGUUGUGAAUCUGAUUUUGGUGAGCGACCACGGGAUGUCCUAUGUUAGCCAUGCAAAAUGCAUCUAUUACGACGACUACAUCGACACAUCCGACCUUUUGUUCGAAGAGUCCCUGCAACCCCAUCUCGGCAUCCGAACUAAGGACCCCAAGAAACUCCACGACAUCUACCAGACUCUCAAGCACGUCCAACAAAAGGAUCACCUUCCCUUUCAGGUUUACAAACGAGAAGAGUUGCCGGUCCGAUACAACUAUGCGAACAAUGACAGGAUCGCACCGGUGAUCGUAUUGGCGGAUCCGGGAUAUGUCAUGACACGAAGGGAUAUGGGGUUGGCGGUGGCAGGUGUUCAUGGAUGGGAUAAUGAGAUGGAGGAUAUGCGAGCCAUCUUCAUGGCCUCUGGACCUUCGUUCCCGAACCAUGGACCUGAGAAGCUGCAGCCGUUUGAGAAUGUGGAGCUGUACGAGAUUAUUGCACGGACAGUCGGCUUGCGGAUCAAAGAUGGCGCGACAGAUGGAGUCCUCAACGGAUAUGUCUCAAGACCAUGUUAG